AUGAAAAGGAAGAGAGAGCCCUCCGAUAAGAAUAAGAAGAAAAAGGCUUUGAAGCUGGGAGAAUCUUCAGCAUCUCAGAAGAAACAUGUGCCUCUGAGCUCCUCAACACCCUACAUCCCUAAACCAACCUCCCUAACUCUUGUAGAACUCCAUGCCACAACUGAAUCUGAAAAGACUCAGUAUGUACCAGAACCUUCUGAACCCAUUCCACCCCCUUCUGAACCUACACCAGAACCUUCUGAAACCAUUCCACCUCCUUAUGAACCCAUCUCUGAACCUUCUGAACUCACACACAAUCCCUCUGAACCCACCUUUCAGCUCUCUGAACCUGACCUCACCUUUCCUACCAUUGAUGAGGCUUUUUCCAAGUGGAUGACAUCUGAGGUCUUUAAGCUAAAAGGACUUUCUAAACAAGUCAUAAAUGACUACAUCAGAGAAGCUAAAGAGAGGCUGGAGGCGCGUCUGCCGCAGGAGGUUACUGAAAGGGCCAUGAAAGAAGCUAAAGAAAGAGAUGAUGCUAAGGAGGAAGAUGAGAAAGAUGAUGUUGUAGAAGUUGAAGUUGAAGCUGAAGAAGCUGCUCGUAAAGCUGCAGAAGAAGCUGCAAAGUCAUUUGAGAUUACUCUGACUCGAAGUGAGUCAUCAACAUCUGAUCUAGCUCCUAUUGUUCUCAAGACUCUGGAAGAUCUACAGAAAGAACAUCAACUGGUCAUAGCCAGACUCGACCAACGGGAUCAAGUCAACUCCAGCAUCCAGACUCUGCUUUCUCAGCUACUUCAAAGGAUGCCUCCUCCUCCAAACCCUUAG